AUCUCACACAUCUCUCUCUCUCUCAAUUCAUUGUCAAUCUCACACUCUUUAUUCCUUCAUACAAAACCAAACCAAAAGCAAACAACAAACUCUCACAUCCCAAUAAAAUACUCAAAACACAUACAAUCUCAAUUGAUUCUCUCUCUCACACAUAAACCAUUCCAAGUAGACCAUUUCCACUAUUCCUAAAAUAAACAACCAUGGCUUCGUCUCCAGCAGGAACAUCUUCUAGCACAUGCGUUAAGCCUAGAUUAUUAUCUUCUUCUUCAUCUUCUUCAAGGUUGGGCUCUUUUUCACGCACCGUCUCCUUGAAGAACAGGCCCACCACCAAAAAGCCCAUUCACACAACUUGCUCUCUCCAAACGCUACAAUUCCCUAGACAGUCGAAUAGUAUUGUGACUCCUACCACUCACCCAAAUGACAACAAACCCAAGACCUUGCCUUCUCCUUCUUUUCCUUCGACUUCUUCAACAUCUAAAAAAUGUGAACCCCAACAAUGGAAUCUCUUACAAAGAGCUGCAGCCAUGGCGUUGGAUGCUGUAGAAUCUGCCAUAGUCUCAAGUGAGAGUCAACACCCACUUCCCAAAACUGCAGACCCAAGAGUCCAAAUUGCAGGCAAUUUUGCUCCAGUACCAGAGCAACCAGUCCAGCACUCUCUCACAGUCACAGGCAAAAUACCAGACUGUGUAAAAGGUGUCUAUGUUCGAAACGGCGCGAACCCACUUCACGAACCUGUUGCUGGACACCACUUGUUCGAUGGAGAUGGAAUGGUUCAUGCAGUUCAAUUCAAAGAUGGCUCUGCUAGCUAUGCUUGUAGGUUCACUGAAACACAACGGUUCGUUCAAGAACAUGCUCUUGGUCGUCCUGUUUUCCCAAAAGCCAUAGGUGAGCUUCAUGGUCACUCUGGCAUAGCUAGGCUACUCCUUUUCUACGCUCGUGGACUAUUUGGACUUGUUGAUCAAAGCCAUGGGAUUGGAGUGGCUAACGCUGGCCUUGUUUAUUUCAAUGGCCGACUUUUGGCUAUGUCUGAAGAUGAUUUACCAUACCAAGUUCGAAUCACUCCCUCUGGUGACCUUAAAACUGUUGGGCGUUAUGAUUUCAAUGGUCAGCUUGACUCAGCAAUGAUUGCUCACCCAAAACUCGACCCUGUCUCUGGAAACCUCUUCGCUCUAAGCUACAAUGUUGUCCAAAAGCCUUACCUUAAAUACUUCCACUUCAAACCAGAUGGGACAAAAUCACAAGAUGUUGAAAUCCCUUUAGCUCAGCCUACUAUGAUGCAUGAUUUUGCAAUCACUGAGAGGGUUGUGGUGAUUCCUGAUCAGCAAGUUGUGUUCAAUCUCCCCGAAAUGUUUAAAGGUGGCUCUCCGGUUAUGUAUGACAAGAACAAGAUUGCGAGGUUCGGGGUUUUGGACAAGAAUGCCACUGAUGCUUCGGAGAUUAAAUGGAUUGAAGCUCCUGAUUGCUUUUGUUUCCAUCUUUGGAAUGCUUGGGAAGAGCCUGAGACUAAUGAGGUUGUUGUAGUUGGGUCUUGCAUGACUCCAGCUGACUCCAUUUUCAAUGAAUGUGAAGAGAGUUUGAAGAGUGUUUUGUCUGAAAUUAGGCUCAAUUUGAAGACUGGCAAGUCCACGCGCCGCCCCAUCAUUCCGGAGGCCGAGCAUGUGAACUUAGAGGCCGGUAUGGUGAACCGGAACAGGCUCGGAAGGAAAUCCCAGUUUGCAUAUUUAGCACUUGCUGAGCCAUGGCCUAAAGUUUCAGGUUUUGCCAAAGUAGACCUUUUCACUGGUGAAGUGAAGAAGUACAUAUAUGGAGAUCAGAGGUUUGGUGGUGAGCCUUUGUUUCUUCCCAAUGACCCCAAUUCAGAGAAUGAAGAUAGUGGCUAUAUUCUAGCUUUCGUGCAUGACGAAAAGGAGUGGAAAUCAGAGCUUCAAAUUGUUAAUGCUAAGAAUUUGAAGCUAGAAGCCAGUGUUGAGCUUCCAUCCAGAGUUCCCUACGGUUUCCAUGGAACCUUCAUAAACUCAAAGGAUUUAGAGAAACAGGCCUAAUGUUAGGCUAUCUGAAUUUCUCUGCGAUGCUCAUGGAUUAUUUUUCAUCCAUGUUUGUAGAUUAUUAGUAAAUUGUAGGAGAGAUUUACCAGAGGGAUGCUUUGCAGAUAUGUCCCCGGAAUCUCCUCCUCUGUUUACAGUGACAGUUUCAUCCUUUUUUUCUGUUUUUGUUUUGGUUUUUCACAUGUGAAAGGUUUUGGGGGACCAGCUUGUAGCUUUUGGGUGUUAGUAGAAUUUGAGCUCAGCUGGUUUCUGCUUAUUCAUUCACUUAUGUGCAUGUUAAAAUUACACAUUUACAAAAGAGAGUGUCUCUUUGUCUA